AUGACAAACUUUUUACAUGAGUUGUUUGUGAGAUUUGGUGUCCCAAACACUAUAGUGUCUGAUAAUGGAAUGCAAUUUGUGUCUUUUGAAUUUAAAAAGUUUUGUAAAAUGUUUGCUGUAGAACAUCUAACUAUUGCACCAUACCACCCCAGAUCUAAUGGACAAGUAGAACUCUUUGUCGACACAUUCAAGAGAGCCCUAAGAAAGUCAAAUAAGGAAAUCAUAGCUGAGGUAGCUCUACAACAAUUCCUAAGAGUAUACCAACUGACACCAAAUCCAAACACACCAGCAGAUAUGUCACCAGCAGAGCUGAUGUUUGCAAGGAAAAUAAAAUCAGUCUUCAACAAAUUGUUACCUGGUAAGAAAAGAAAAAUUGCAAUGGAUAAAAAGAUAGUGAAAAUGUAUUUGUUAGGGCAUAUAAAAACAGAAAAAGUUUGGAAGACAGCGUGA